AUAGCGGGAUGCGGCGGAUGACUGGAGAAAAUCGGAACCUCUAAGCCUAUCUGAGAGCAGCUUGUGGGCGGGGUGGCAGAAGUGGUUCCUCCGGGAGUCUCCGAGUCCCCGGGAUCUGCUGAGUCUCUGCAGGAGGAGGCGGAGCUCGGCAGCGGAUCGCGCCACCUGGGUUGCAAAGCGUUCAGGGCCGGGCGGGGGUCGGCGGCCUCUCUGCCCAGAGUCAGCGGGCUACCUCUGGGCAGCCAGCCACACCACCGAAGCCGAGUGAGGGGCCGAGGACACUGACGGAGAACGACACGGGCUCCGGAGGAAGCUUUGUGGACUUGACUUGGAGCUCCGCUCUGCUGUCAUGGGCGAGGUGGAGAUCUCGGCCCGGGCCUAUGUGAAGAUGUGCCUGCAUGCGGCCCGGUACCCGCACGCUGCUGUCAACGGGCUGUUACUGGCCCCGGCGCCGCAGAAAGAAGAAUGCUUAUGCCUCACCGACUGUGUGCCUCUGUUCCACAGCCAUCUGGCCUUGUCUGUCAUGCUGGAGGUCGCCCUUAACCAGGUGGAUGUGUGGGGUGCGCAGGCCGGGCUGGUGGUGGCUGGGUACUACCAUGUCAACGCAGCUCUGGACGACCAGAGUCCUGGUCCCCUGGCCUUGAAAAUUGCUGGGCGGAUUGCUGAAUUCUUCCCUGAUGCAGUGCUUAUCAUGCUGGAUAAUCAGAAAUUGGUGUCUCAGCCUCAUGUACCCCCAGUCAUCGUCCUGGAGAGCCAUGGUCUCCGCUGGGUCCCAAAAGACAAGAACUUAGUGAUGUGGAGGGACUGGGAUGAGUCACGGCAGAUGGUGGGAGCACUGCUGGAAGGUAGAGCCCACCAGAGCCUUGUGGACUUCGACUGCCACCUAGACGACAUCCGGCAAGACUGGACCAACCAGGAGCUCAACACCCAAAUCACCCAAUGGGUUGGUACGAGGAAAGGAAACACCUGAGUGAGGGCCAGGGUGAGGGUGGGCCAAUCCAAUAAAAAGCCUUGAAGAAUGGACAA